AUGGAGGACAUUAAUGCUGACGUCCUUACGCCUCUUAGCGCGACUCCAGAAAAAGGGCUCGGGCAGCCCCGCCGAGGCCUACAGCGUGCCUCGCAUAUUUGGGAGGAACGCAUAAUGGGCAACCGGCAAAGACUGGGUCGUCUUCUUCGUCCCCGGGGUCCACUUGACAAGCGUCACAGCUUUGGUGGCGCUGCUAAUCUCUACCGAAUGCCUGCCCGAAGUUGCAAUUCACAGGACAAUGUGGAGAUACCCAAAUCCGAGGCAGCGACCUGUGGGCAACGGCUGGAAAGCAGGAACAGCAUAAAGGAGCAUUUUCUCACUUUCAUCGCACCCGAUAACAGCAAGGCCUGCUUAAAGUUCUUUGGGACUAAACAGGCUGUGCGUAUGGAGAAGAAACGCCUUGUGGAAAUGCACUCAUGGAUUAUUCAUCCCUACAGUUGCUUUAAGUGA